AUGGCGUUUGCUCCUACGAGGAAUGUGAAUAUCGGAAACUCUUGUGCAACGUUUUUGUUUCCGUCAGCAACCUAUUCAUUCGUUUUGCUUGAAAAGGCUGCAAAACAGACGACAUUGAAUUUGUCCCGCUCGUCGAUGAACACGGCGCAUGACAGGCCAGCACCGGAGCAAUCGUGUACGAAUUUGAUAAAGCUUGAUGAAGAAGAUGAGACAUUUCCAGUCAUCUCGCUCACAUUCAAUCUCAAUGACUCGCCAGAGCUUGACGAGUUUCCUGAAGAAUCCUUCCGUGACACCAUCGCUGGGGCACUACGUGUCAGGCAGGUGGAUAUUGUAAUUCUCAGAGUGAACUGUAUGGGCACCGUGGACAGCCUUACUGUUCAAUUUGGUGUUCUUAAAAGUCAAUCCAAAGCAGAGAUGAAGACGGAAAAGAGAAAGGAUUACGGUAAUGACGAUGACGAUGACGACGGUGAUGAUGAUGAUAAUAAUGAUGAUGAGAAGGACAAAGAUGACGAUGGCGAUGAUGAAGACGAAGAUGAAAAGAAAGAUAAUGAGAAGGAUGACGACAAGCGCAAGGAUCGAAAAGGUGAUUCGAAGGAAGACGACGAUAAUAAAGAUGACGAUGACAACAAAGAUGACAGUAAAGAAAACGACAGCAACGAAAAAGACAAAGAUAACGAUAACGAUAGUGAUGAUUAUGAUGAUGAUGACGAUGAUGAUGAUAAUGAUAUUAGUAAGACUAGUAAGGAUAACAAGAGAAAAAGAAAAGAUAAAAAUGACAGUAAGGAAGACGAUGAGGAAGACGAUAAAGAGGACGAUGAAGAAGACGAUGAAGACUACGGUAAUGUAUUUGGUGAGGACUGGUACAAGUUCGAGAACAUCAAGUACGAUGCUGACAUGUUCGUCGAUGCGGAAUCAGUAGCCACACGAAUGAAGGCCAUGGGACAUCUUAACCAAAUCGCGGAUCUCCAAGUUGAUUCGAUUGAAUUCACUGAGGAUAUCAUUGAACUCGAAUACAAGCCGGACAAUUCAACACUUUUCAUUCAAUCUGUCACUGUUGGUACCGUAAUGCUUUUGAUGUUAAUUCUUGGAACAUGGGUAAUGUGCCGUAAUCGCGAGUACUCGGACGAUUUACAAAAAGCUUGA